AUGAUGGAUCUCUCACGGCAGGAGUAUCCAGCUUUGCUGGCCUCUUUGCAGCCAGGCCAAGCCACCGGUGUUCUCAACGACCGCAUUCGCCUCAUUAACAAGAUUAAUGCCGACAUCGCGGAUUGGUUACAGGAGCGACGCCGCGUCGAAGAAGCAUACGCUCAAGGGUUACGGAAACUUGCGACACGGCAGCAACUGGACAAUGGAGCAGCACUAGGAAUAUUCCAGAUACCAUGGCAACGCAUCGUCAAUGCCACGGAAAUGGUGGCCUCGUCGCACGAGACCUUCGCACAGAAGAUUGAGGAAGAUGUGGAACGCCCUCUUAGGGAUUACCACGCCAAGAACCGCGAAUUGGCAUCUUUGCCUGGAGUCCAGAGCGAUCUUGCAACUCUUGCGAAGAAUCUGGAGGCAUCGCUCAAGAAGGUAGAGAAAGCUAGAGAGAAAGGCCCGAAGGGUGCAGAUAAGCUGGCUGGUGCGGUUGCUACCUCUGAAGGGGUUAGACAGGAAUGGGAGUCCAGGGCACCUUUCGCUUUUGAGCAGCUCCAAGCAGCUGAUGAGAGUCGACUCAACCAUCUGCGAGAUGCGCUCACCCAGCUGGAGACUCAUGAGUCGGAUCAGGUUGAGCGUUGUCGUCAAGCGACAGAAACUUGUUUAAAUGUGCUUCUCAACGUGGAGACUGCAGACGAAAUAAAAACAUUUGCCGAAAAGGUUAAUGGGGGAAGGCCGGUUGUAUUGAGGCAACAGACUUCUCCUACCCCUGCAGCACCUUCUGGACCACCGCCACGCCUUCAUGAUGACACUGCCAGCCAAUUCUCAGAGACCUCUGGCCCCGUCAGGACGCCCCCUGCACCUGAGCCCCAACCCCGCCAUAGCACACCCCUCGGCGGACUCAAGCGAUUAGGUACCGUCAUGAAUAGAAGGAAGAGCAUAAUACAACCCUCCGGAGGGGCUGCAUUCUUUUCGGAUAAGAAACACCGCAGCCCUUUUGCGUCUUUCAAGCGGGGAGACUCUCGUGACAUGCAAAUCCCCGAGUCAUUACCGGAUGAGGAACGCCCAGGUACUGCACUGACUACUCAGGAAAACCACAAUGAAGUUACACGUAUCCCCAGCGAAACCAAUGACCAUUCCGGCCACAGUACGAUGCCCUCCGUCCCGGCCACUCAUUCAGUACCAACAACUGCGAACGGGACAACAUCCCCAGAGCCUCCUGCUGAGACAGGUAUCGCUAUUAGUGACUCAAACCAGCCACGGGUCGACUCCGAAGGGUUCUCGGAACCACCUCAGACUAUCGACGAGAUCACUCGUGCACAGAGAGAAGCAGCUGGUAUGGAAGAGGCUGGGAUCAAUCUAACAAUUCGGGAUCAGCCUAUAUUCGAAGAUGAAGAUCAAGCCAAGCAGGCAAUGGAUGAUAUGGCUAAUCAGUUGAGACUGCGAGCCCAGCAAACUGGCGUGCGUCGUAAUGUAGGGACCUUGCGCGGUCGGCGUGACGUCCGUAACACAGUUUUCAUUCCUAAUCCACCGCAAGGUAGUGAUGUUCCCACUCUACCAUCUGGGUCUGACGUCUCUAUUCCGGUCUCGCCGGGUCUCCCUUCAAAGCAUGCGGCUUCUCCUAGCAUUGCAACAGAUGAUCAUGCUCUGUCGGAUACGACCUCGGUUCGCUCUGGGCACACCUUGCACGGUAGCUCGGGUGCAGUUGCACACCCUGAUCUCCACGAACCAGGACUGAACGCGUCUAUCAUUGAAACGGUUAAUGCAUGGUUCUUCGACGGUGUUGUCACCAAGUCAUCCGUCAUCGGAGAGCUUGCAUUGGCCUACAACGGAACCCCCGAGGCGAACACCACAGUUCGUUUAGAGAAUUUCCAGGUGCUGGAGAAGGUAGCUGCAAAUCCUCAUUUUGUGAAUGAGGAGAAGGAUAAGGAUCUAUCGGAUGAAAAAAGAGGACAAUACAUCAUACAUAUCCCCACAAUUGCUCGCCCCUCACCAACAGUGGCUUUCAAGUACCAACUUCAUGUUGACGCAUCCGACUCUUCCGCCUACUGUCCGGUUAUCUUCAAACCUGUAUGGAACAUUGAGGAACAUCAGGCUAGCGUCAUCAUUUUCUAUUCCUUGAAUCCAUCAUUCACAUCUUCCGCACCAAAAGAAUCAGUCACCCUCAAGAAUCUGGUUCUGACAGUGAACCUGGAUACAUCUCCUGAAGAGGGCCGAGAAGUGGCCCAUGCUACGAAUGCUGUCAUGUAUCCUAAUACGGGGGCGUCCUUCCGUCGCAAGCACUCGGCGGUGACCUGGAAGUUGCCUGAGUUCGAAGUUAAAGCUGGAUCUGACGGCAAGUUGCUGGUUCGAUUCUCAACGGCAACUAGUUGGCCAAGAAAAGGGAAGGUCGACGCGAAAUUCGAGGUGAACACUCUCGAUGCUGGCUCUCGGCUGGGAAUCAGCGUUGCGUCACCAGCAGAGGCGAGUACGCCAAAGGGAUCUGAUCCUUUUGCGGACGAAGACUCCGCUGCACAUGACGAUACCCAACCCUCCCUAACAUGGAAAGAAGUCCCUACUGCUCGCAAGCUGGUUGGAGGCAAAUAUGUCUCAUCUUAG